UAUCAUAUUCUCUCUCAUGUCAUAUCAUGCAAGUAGGUACCCUAAGCCUUUAACCCCUCUUCACUACCUCACAACAUUGGUUUUGCUACGCCAGCUCAUUAUAUUCAUUCAACCCCAUCGCAACCACUCUCUAUCUCUUACUUUCUCUCUCUAGUAUUUCAACGCUUCUAUCCCAGAUCUCUAGGAUCGACGUGGUUCUGGGUCUUCGUUUCUCGGAGUUGAGUUUCUGGGUAUCUCCAUCUCGUGCGAAAAAGCCCGUCUAUUUGGAGCGCAUCCUUGAUAUUCGAUUUUACACCCACUUCGUUUUCUCGCUAAAAACAGAGUCUUUUUCUCGAGAAAAUGGCGAAUGAGUUGGAGAGAGAGAGUGGGUUGGCAAUGUUCAGCGACGAAGAGUUGAGCGAGGUGAGUGGGGUGAAGCGUUCUGGUGACUAUGUUGAAGUGACGUGUGGGUGUACUAGCCAUAGAUACGGUGACGCUGUUGGAAGGCUUAGGGUUUUCGUUAAUGGGUACCUCGAAAUCACUUGUGAAUGCACCCCUGGUUGCCAGGAAGACAAGUUGACUCCUUCUGCAUUUGAGAAACAUUCUGGAAGAGAGACAGCCAGGAAAUGGAAGAAUAAUGUCUGGGUAAUAGUUAAUGGCGAGAAGGUUCCAUUGUGUAAAACAGUGCUGCUCAAAUACUACAAUCAAGUGUCAAGAGCUGCUAAUGGCUCCCAUAGAUCCCAAAAUGGCCGGGCUUGUCACCGUGAUGAGUUUGUUCGCUGUACCAGGUGCAACAAAGAGUGUAGGUUCCGUCUGAGGACUAAAGAGGAAUGCCGCAUUCACCAUGAUGCUAUGGCAGAUGCAAAUUGGAAAUGCUCUGAUCUACCAUAUGACAAAAUCACAUGCGAUGAUGAAGAAGAACGAGCAAGUCGCAGAGUUUACAGGGGAUGCACUCGUUCUCCAACAUGCAAAGGUUGCACUUCUUGUGUGUGCUUUGGGUGUGAUAUCUGCCGUUUUUCAGAUUGCAGCUGCCAAACUUGUACUGACUUUACAAGCAAUGCAAAAGCUUGAGUCCUCCAUAUUGUGUUUCCGAGUUCUCAUAUUCACUCUUAUUCAUAUAGGCUAUUCAUGCCUAUAGGAAUGUUUUAUUUCCUAAUUGAACAUUACCAGUCUGAGUUCCGCAUUCAUUGUUCUCAUUGACUGGUCAUAAAUUUCAAU